AUGUUAAGACUACUUCAGAAAUCCACAACGCCAACAACGAUACUCAGACCAUCUGGUUUUGUAAUCACACCCUUAUUCAUAGGUUCCCUCAGGUUCAACUCAACAUCUAAAGAUGUCUCUGCUGCUAAAUACUCACCCAAACCCGAGUCAACUGUUAAUAUCGAUGACUUGUUAAAAAACUCGAUCCCGGACUUGUCCUUUAGUGAGUCUAUAAAUGAAAGGUUUGGGUUCGAGGCUAAUAGGCAACCAACUCCACGAGAAGUUGCCAAAGGUAUCAGGGAGUUUGGCACCAACGCUGGAAGAACAGUUGAUGUCAAUUAUAAUAACUUGGCAAGAGCAUUCACCCAGAUUAAAAGAAUUGGUAAUGAAAAUAAGAUUAGAUAUUUACAAAGAGUUCAAUCAAGAUACAUUCGUCCUGCUAAGUAUAGGAAACAAUUGAAAAGAGAGUGGUGGAGAAGGAAAUUUUCUGCCGGGUUCAAGAACUUGUUGGCACAAGUUAACGAUGCUAGAAGAAGAGGUUACUAA